AUGUCCGCCUCCCACAACCCCUCCGCCGACCGCAGUGCGGCCCCUCAGCCCGCCGGUGCCGACCAAGCUCUCGAGACCUUUAAGGCCACUCUCAGCGACCCUUUCACCAACAAUGUAAUCAACGCCAUGUCUCCCGAGACGCCCGAGCGGGCACGCGUUGUCCUGACCUCUCUGAUCCGCCACCUGCACUCCUUCGCACGUGACGUGCAGCUCCUCUCGCCAGAAUGGAUGCUGGGAGUCAACACUCUCAACCGCGCCGGGCAGAUGUCGGACGACAAGCGCAACGAGGGAGUUCUCGUUUCGGACGUUCUCGGUCUCGAGGCGCUGGUCGACCAGAUCACGCAGGAGUCCAUGUCGAAGAUGACGGUGGAUGCGCUCAAGCCCGCCACGCUGUCGUGCAUUCUCGGCCCGUUCUUCCGCGAGGACGCCCCCAAGUACGAGAACGGCGCCGACAUCGUGCAGAAGCACGGUGAGGAUGAUCCCACCACCUUCAUGGACGGCCACAUCUAUGAUCUGGCUGGCAACCCCGUCGAGGGCGCUGAGAUCGACCUGUGGCAUACCAACCCCAACGGAUUGUACGAGCAGCAGGACCCCGACCAGCCCGAGUACAACAACCGUGGAAAGUUCUUCACCGACAAGAACGGCUACUACUCGCUCAAGUGCCUGUGCCCCACCAGUUACCCCAUCCCUUACGACGGUCCUGCCGGUGACAUGUUGAAGCUCAUGGGAAGACACCCGAUGAGACCCGCGCACAUCCACAUCAUGGUGCGCAAGGCCGGCUACGCGCCUCUGACCACUCAGAUCUACGACAGCCGCGACCCCUACACUCUCGACGACUCCGUCUUCGCCGUCAAGGACAGCCUGGUUGUACACUUCGUCGACAGCAAGCGGGACGACGUCAAGUACGAGCUGACAUACGACAUCCACCUUUCCCAGGCCCACAACGAGUAG